UGGGGGCUGUUUUCUGAUGUUGGACCCUCUGUUUCGCUCCCUUUAGGUUCAGCAGUUCUACUGAGCAGAGCAGCGCGUCUCGUUUGCUGAAACGUCACCGCCGAAGGCGUAAGCUGCGGCCCCCGCGCCUGGAGAGGGCGUCCUCGCUCAGCAGUGUGACCGACUCCACCAUGUCCCUGAACAUCAUCACUGUGACAUUAAACAUGGAGAAGUACAACUUCCUCGGCAUUUCCAUUGUGGGGCAGAGUAACGAGCGCGGCGACGGAGGGAUUUACAUUGGAUCCAUAAUGAAGGGUGGGGCGGUAGCCGCUGACGGGAGGAUUGAGCCGGGGGAUAUGCUGCUGCAGGUGAAUGACAUAAACUUUGAAAACAUGAGCAACGAUGACGCCGUCCGAGUCCUGCGAGACAUCGUCCAUAAACCUGGGCCGAUCGUCUUAACUGUAGCAAAAUGCUGGGAUCCAUCUCCGCAGGGUUACUUCACUCUGCCACGCAAUGAGCCCAUUCAGCCAAUCGACCCUGCAGCCUGGGUGUCUCACUCUGCUGCCAUGAGCGGCUCUUUCCCCGUGUAUCCGGGCAGUGCAUCCAUGAGUAGUAUGAACUCCAGCACAUCUGUGACCGAGACUGAACUCUCUCAUGCCCUCCCUCCAGUGUCUCUCUUCAGCCUCUCCAUACAUACAGAUUUGGCCUCUGUGGUCAAGGUCAUGGCCUCUCCCGAAUCUGGCCUUGAAGUUAGAGAUCGCAUGUGGCUGAAGAUCACGAUCCCCAAUGCUUUCCUAGGUUCAGAUGUGGUGGACUGGUUGUAUCACCACGUUGAAGGCUUCCAGGACCGACGCGAGGCUCGGAAAUUUGCCAGCAAUUUGCUGAAGGCCGGAUUCAUCCGUCACACGGUCAAUAAGAUCACCUUCUCCGAGCAGUGCUACUACAUCUUUGGUGACCUGACCAGCUGCGAGAACUACAUGGCCAACCUGUCCCUCAAUGAUAAUGAUGGAUCGAGUGGAGCAUCUGACCAGGACACACUGGCUCCUCUGCCUCUUCCUGGAGCAUCACCAUGGCCUCUUCUUCCCACCUUCUCCUAUCAGUAUCCUUCCCCCCAUCCGUACAGCGCCCAGCCGCCUGCCUACCACGAGCUGUCCUCCUACAGCUAUGGCCUGGGCAGUGCUGGAAGCCAGCAUAGUGAAGGGAGCAGGAGCAGUGGCUCUACACGCAGUGAUGGCGGUCGCGGUGUCCAGAAGGAGGAUCGUUCUGCAGGUGGAGGAGACUCGAAGUCCGGCUCUGGUAGCGAGUCUGAAUACUCCACCCGGAGCAGCCUGAGGAGAGGUGGGGAGGCUGGGCCCCCCAGUGAACGCUCCACAUCCGCUCGCUCUCAAGCUGCUCACCACCCUCCCUCUGUGCACUCGUAUCCUGCUCCGGGGGUCCCGCUGUCCUACAACCCCAUGAUGCUGAUGAUGAUGCCUCCCCCGCCUCUCCCUCCACCAUCCUCAUGUCCUUCCUCUUCCGUUCCUCCUGGAGCUCCGCCUCUUGUUCGAGACCUGGCAUCCGUUCCUCCUGAGCUGACGGCCAGCCGCCAGUCCUUUCACAUGGCCAUGGGCAACCCCAGCGAGUUUUUUGUUGAUGUCAUGUGACGAGGGGGUGGAGCUGUAAGUCUGUGCGGCCAUUAAAACGAAUACAUUUCAGUCAUCUUCUAGACGAGUGUAGAGGCCGAUGGUGAGGAAUUCGGGACGAAAAAGUCCACCAUUUAUACCCAAUGACCAAAACUAGCAUCUGAGAGGGUGGCUCUGGUCAGGAGCCAUCUUUAUUAAGGUACGCGAGGACGUGGAGACCUCUAUCGGCCUCGGACACUAAUUAUAUAAGCGCACAUGUAUGACGUAGAUCAGACGGUACGGACGCCGCCGUUACUAUGAAGUAUUAUUGUUUCUCCAUAUUAGCAGUGUUCUUGUUUUGUUCCUCCCUCAGCGUUAGGUGGGGGAGGGGGGGACUUGUACGAGCGUUUUAAGCUUAUGUUACUGACAUGUUAUACCUAUGUAAUGCUGUGGCUGUGAACCUGAUGGCUCCUUCUCCCUGGGAUCACAGACGAGUACGGUGUCUUCAGGACGUGGCCUGUGCCUUGUGGGAGAGAAGGUAGUAGUAUGUGACCCCGCGGUGUGGCAAGCGUGCCCUCCCACUGCGGGGAGUUAAGUGCCUCAAUUACUUGCUUUUUAUGGUAUUUAUUACUUUUUUAGUGUAUAAACCCAACAAUAAAAUGUAAAAGUAUUUUAUAACUAA